AUGGACGCAGUAGAAGAGAAACAAGUCGAUGUCAACAUGGAGAUGUCUGAAGGAGUAGUAUCUGAACAAACCAUGGAUGGAAAUGACCAAAACGAAGCCGCUUUGACAGCAGAGGAACUGGAGGGUCAAAAGACGAUGCAAGCUUACGAUGAACUUUUGGAGAUUAAAGAAAAGUUGAUGGAGGAUAACACGCAAUACGAACUUCACGUCAAGUACAUUGAAUUAUUAAAGCAAUUGGAUUUGCAGGAUCAGCUGGAAGAAGCUCGUGUCGCCAUGCAUGAUAUUUACCCUUUGACAGAACCCCUAUGGCUGGAUUGGAUCAACGAUGCCAAGAAGGAUACCAGUGUGGAAGGGCAAAUCAAGUUGCUCUCCUUAUAUAACCAUGCUGAGCAAGACUAUCUAUCCAUCAACAUUUGGAAAGACUAUGUAGACUAUAUUCUGGACAAGUUCCAUCAAGGGUUCAGUGAGGAUAUUGUAGAUCAAGACGAAUCAGUUUCCGAAUUCAUUGAGCAAACUCGUCAAGAUCUUUUGAAGGCUGUGCGUGCCACCAGUGCUCAUGUGAAAUCCAGUCAAGAUAUCUGGAAGCCGUAUUCCGAGUUUGAGUUGGAGAUUUUAGAGCGAUUCAAGGACGCAGAUCAGUUGAAUUUGGUGCGAAAAAUGUAUAUGGAUCGACUCGCAACGCUCCAUAUCAAUUGCGAGGACACCUUCAGUGCUUACUCUACCUUUGUUUCCAAUUACGACAACAGCAAUUAUGAAGACACCAUGGUGAAAGCCAACAAAAUCUAUGCCAAGACCAAAAAGGCAGCAGAGGAAAGAGAUCAAUAUGAAAUGCAAUUGAGUACAGCAGGAUAUUCAUUAGACGCAUUUCAGCAGUACAUUGAGUACGAGAAACGCACAAAGAAUAUGCAUUCGCUUGUCUAUGUUCGAUCGAUUUAUGAGAGAGCUAUUGUAUAUUACUGCACAGAUCCUGCCUUGUGGGAUGAUUAUAUUUUGUUUUUGAUCGAACAAGCCAAAGUGCAGGUAUUUUUAGAGACAACCUGUUUGAGAGCUAUUCGCAACUGUCCGUGGUCUGGUACUCUUUGGGCUCAUUUGGCUCGACUGAUGGAAUUUGGAAACAAGGAGGACGAUCAAAUUGACGAUAUAUUCGAUCGCGCCUUAUCAUCAAAGCCCCUUUUGUCGAGCGUGGAAGACUUAGUCGCUGUUUUGCUUGCAAAGUGUGAUUUCAAGCGAAGAAAGAUUGAUUGGGAAGAUCCGGACGAUGAUGAAGUGAUGGAUUUGAGGGUGACAUUUGAAGAAUGCUUGCAGUAUAUUUCGGAAGCUUUUCCAGAUUCAGGAGACCCAUUCUACCGCAUUGAAAAAUAUUAUGCGUACAUCUCUGCGAAACGAUUGGGGGACAUGGACAAGGCAAAAGAACUCUGGCAAAAUGUAGUGGAACACCACGGCCUCAAUACAGAAGCCUGGAUUGAUUAUAUCAUGUUUGAACGAGAUCAGGGUCAUUAUGAAAAGUGCGAGUCAUUGUUCAAGCAAGCCAUUCAAAAGAAUAUCGACAAUCCUGCGAGACUAAUCAGUGUUUGGACGUCUGUGGAGCAUGAAAUCGGUACAUUGGCCUCUUACGAAACGUCACUUGUCAAAAUCAACCAGAAAUCAAAGAUACUCGCAAGACAAUGGCAGGCCCAAUCUCAAAAACAAGCACAGCACCAGCCACAGUACAAACAAAAGCAAGAGCUCUCAGAAGAGCAAAAGGCCGCCAAUGCCAAGGAAAAGAAAGAAAUGGACAGAAAAAAAAAGAGUGCCCAUAGAUUGGCACAAAAGCAAAGAGCCAAAGAAAAGAAAAAGGAGCAUGCUGCUGAACAUAAAGCACCCAACGAAGGUGCUACACACAUCCACGGCCAACACACUAACCCAAAGGUCGAAGAGCCUACUGAAGCAUCCGCUGCCAAUGAGUCAGCUAUUUCUGCUGCUAAUCAAGAUGCCACGCCAUCUGCCGAGCCAGCAAAUUCCGAACAAGAUGCUUCCUCUCGCAAGCGUAAACUCUCUACAGAUGAUAAAGAGGACGAUGAAAGUGCCAAGAAGCAUAAAUCCAAUGAAACCGAGCACUUCAAGCGACCCAUUGCGCCAUUCAAGGCAAAACCUCGAUCCAUUCGACCCAAUACAAGACGAGGAAAAUCUGUCAAAUUACCGCAAAAGACGUUGAGCCGCAACGAUGUCCAAACUAUCAAGGAAGCAAACACCAAGGAGGAUACACAGAAUGCUCCAGAGAAAACCAAUGAUGAUUUCCGUGCUAUGCUUCUCUCCAGCAAAAAAUAA